AUGUGUCGGUUGUCACGAAUUCAGGACUCGGUCGACGCCGAAGUUCAGGAGCUCACCGAAAAGCUCUUUCAGGAGGCCUACAGAAUGGUGAACUAUGCUGAAGAGCGACGUGAGCGAGCUGAAAAGCUCAUGAAUGAAUCUCGAUUACAGGUUGAGGUUCUUUCGGCAGAAGUAACUGCGUUGAAGUUAUUGGUCCAAACGCCAGGCAUGGGUCAGAAUCACUUUCAGCACACUUCACCCGAGCACAAUUCAUCAGGAGCAGUUCAGUCAAGAAAGUCUUGCACUUUACCAUCGCUGAGUUCUCACAUGGCACGCGAAAUGGAGAAGGACAAUGAGCAGAAACAGGCAGAAGCUGUUGAAGAGGUCGAUCCUAUUUUGAUGGCUGAAUUUACAUCAUGGCGUGAAGCUGGUCAUCCGCUAGCGCAUCACCCUUUCAUGGAACGCGUCAAUAUCGAAGAAGUAAUACCUUGUAUGCUUUUCCACGCUAAGCAGCUAUCCGACGACAUUCUCGAUUCCAUCGCUGCUAAUAAACUGGAAUUGGAACCUGUUCACGAAGAAAAACCAUCAGUAAUGCUUUGUGCACUAACGAACAUCUCUCGAUUUUGUCCAUACCGUGUUCGUGUUGCUGAAGACAGCCAAUGGCACAGAAUAUCAUUAUUAGCUCGGAAUCGGGUUCGUCUCAGUUCUGAUUCUAGUUUCAUCCAUAUCGCCGCCGUUUGUGACUAUUACACAUUCAUUCGCUACUUACGAGGUGGUUUGAUCAAGUCCGGCAUUCGAGAUGCUUACUUCGAUGUGAUGACGCUAAGAAAGAAUAUGUGCCUAGCUAAGUUAGGACUUGGAUUUGUACCAAAAACUAAUCUACGUCAUGGAUUCUAG